UUGUGGGCGAAGCGGGCGGCCCCAGGGAGGAGGCGCACAACGGUCGUCGCCGUGCUCCGCUCAAGAAGCCGUGAGCGAGGAAGGCAGUGACCAGGCCUAUGGAGCUUCCGGCAAGGACGCCAAGAUGGGGGAGCGGCGCUCCGGCCUUCCCAAGCCGACCGCCAUCCCCAAGCCCAUCCCGGCCACCGCCGCUGCCGCCACCACCACCGGCACGAAGAGCGGCGCGCCCGCCCGCCCCACAAGCAUCACCUCGCCGCCGCAGGGAGCAGCGUCGGCGCGGGGCGGCGGCGGCGCCAGCUCCUCGCAGCCGUCAUCAGCAGCAUCGUCGGCAGCGGGGGGCGGGGGAGGUGGGGGCGGGGGAGGAGGUGGGGGCGGGGGAGGGAAGAGUUCGUCGUCGUCGUCGAAGCCGUCGCGACCCCGCAAGAAGAGCGGCACCACGACCCCCACGACCCCGGGCACCCCCGGGAGCCUCAACCACUGGAGCGGGAUCCUCACCCCGCUGAGCCGCCCCCACUCCACGCCCACGCCCGUGCGGGACAAGGUGGCGAUCAUUCGAUCUGCGCCCCGCGCCGCUCGACCCCGGGAGGUCACGACCCCUCCUGCCCAGCUCGACCUCUCACACGUGCGCUCUAAGAUAUCCUCCCACCACGGCAACGCCAAACACCAGCCUGCGGAGGGGCAGACGCAGGUCUUCAGCGAGAAGCAGGACUACAGCCACGUGAACUCCAAGUGCAACUCCAUGGCCAACCUGAGGCACUCCCCCGGCGGAGGGAACGUCCAGAUCACCACGAAGAAGAUCGACUUGUCCAACGUGAGCUCCAAGUGCGGCUCCUUCAACAACGUGCGCCACAAGCCUGGCGGAGGGAACGUGCAGAUCCAGAGCCACAAGCUCGAGUUCAAGGAUAAGGCCAAGUCCAAGGUGGGGUCCUUCGACAACACGACCCACACGCCCGGCGGAGGCAACAUCAAGAUCGAGAGCCACAAGCUGAACUUCCGCGAGUCGGCGCGCUCGCGCACGGACCACGGCGCCGACAUUGUGUCGGCGGGUCACACCCCGCGCCGCCUCAGCAACGUGAGCUCCGCGGGCAGCGCCAACCUUCUGGAGUCGCCGCGCCUCUCCACACUCGCCUCCGACGUGUCGGCCGCCCUCGCCCAGCAGGCGCUGUGACAGCCCCCCCCCCCACCCACCCUCACCGCCCCCCCCACCACCAAGCCUGC